CGCCCCGCUUUUAGCGCCAGCUACAAGUAUACGAGGAAUACGAGCAGCUGAGUACGCCGCAACAGCCACAACCAGGGACCCAAGAGUGGCAUGACUAUGUACUGUGUAUCUCUCAGGUUGAGCAAAAUUAAAUGCAAUUGAAUUGCGCUAUGAACGGAUCCAACUGACAAUGCAUUCAAUCAACCUUCUAUUAACAAGAAUACAUAUUCCAAGCAAUGAGCGCCAGGAACAACUCAGACGCACUCGCACGUUCACACAACUGGUAGCGGGGGGGACAUGCCAAUCGCCUCCUUCAUUUCUUCAAUCUGUUCCUGUGUGAGUUGAGGGGAUCGUGCCUGUCGCUUGGAGCCAGGCUUGCCGUCGAGGUUAGCGAUCCAGUCGAGAAGAUCAAACCGCUUGGCCAUGUCCGCGUCAGAAUCCGCAGAGACAUCGCGCUUGGAGCCAGGCUUGCCGUCGAGGUUGGCGAUCCAGUCGAGAAGAUCAAACCGCUUGGCCAUGACCGCUUCCGAGUCUGUUGAGACAUCACGCUUGGAGCCAGGUUUGCCGUCGAGGUUGGCGAUCCAGUCGAGGAUAUCGAAUCGCUUCGCCAUGUCGGCCUCGGUGUCUGUGGCAACAUCGCGCUUCUCGCCGGGCUUGCCAUCGAGGUUGGCAAUGGUCGCGAGCAGGUCGAUGCCAGCACCGCCAUCAGCGUCAGGCACAAUCUCGCGCUUGGAGUCAGGCUUGCCGUCGAGGUUGGCGAUCCACUCAAGAAUGCCGCCAUCGCGCUUCUCGCCGGGCUUACCGUCGAGGUUGGCGAUCAAAUCAAGAAUACCGCCGUCCCGCUUCUCGCCGGGCUUGCCGUCGAGGUUGGCGAUCAAAUCAAGAAUGCCGCCGUCCCGCUUCUCGCCGGGCUUACCGUCGAGGUUGGCGAUCAAAUCAAGAAUACCGCCGUCCCGCUUCUCGCCAGGCUUGCCGUCGAGGUUGGCGAUCCACUCAAGGAUGCCGCCAUCACGCUUCUCAGCGUCGCCAAGCUCAACAUUCAAACCAAGCUCGGCGAGCACCUCGGGAGGAGGGACAGCCUCGCGAGCGUCGACGUUGUUGUUGCCGGUCACGGGGGCCGCCAUGGCCCUGGAGGUGAAGGCCAGAAUGGCCGCGGCGAUGGGUGCGUUCAUAAGCAUGUUGGAUGAUAUCUUGCGUGAGGAUGAACGGGGUAUUAAAAAGAUUGUGAGUAAACGACCUGCGUUGGGAUGCAAUACUGCAAGUGAAUGGAAGAGGUUGUUUGGUGAGGUGAAGACCAGCUUCUUGCGUUGGACGUUGGGAUUGAAGAGUGACGAGAAACGAAGCACUGUACGAUGAAGGGUGAUCAUCAUUAUAUACACAAGUGCGUGGCCCCAUCUCGACACCAACCGAUCGUCAUGCUCAGGUGCCGAGCUGGGCGAGCAGUCGAGCCCGCAAAGACGUGGGAAGAAAGUGGUGGCAAAGGAUCGACAUGCUUACCCUCGAGAGCUGCGCUUGGUACGUGCGCAGUGGCAUCUCUGGGAAAUGGUCGUACUACGUAACACUGAUGCCUUCGCCUGGACUGGCAGAGACACUGGCAUGCUGAUCUGAGUGAGAUCCCAUCUGCAGACGGAGAUGUCGAACGGAGUGAAGUCAUUCCCCACAUUCGGGCCUGCCCUUAUGCAGGGUCCAGCGAGCCUAAGCAGACCCUGAGAAAACGGUGUCAGCACAUCGGGUGACGGUAAGACGGAGUGAAGAAGUUGAAAUAGACUUUUGGUUCUCAUUAAUGAGGUGACGCUUUCUCAAUCUGUCGGGAUAAGACAGACUCCAGUGAGUCCAGUCAUCCAGGG